UGUCAGUCUCAGUCGGUGGGUGACAAAUUUGAGAUUUGGACGCUUGGUUAACCAAAUAAACAAUUUUUGUAUUAAAAUUAGCUUAAAAUUUAAAUAAAUCAGUGUAUACAUUAAAUAAAGGAUGCGUAUUUCGUAAAAAAAUGGCGCAAAAUAGCACUAGUGGAACUUCAAGUAGACGCCAACACCCUAGAGAUCAUGAUACAGCAUCCAUAACAAGUUCUAGAAUCGCUGAUAGUUCAGAAUGGGAAGCAAACGAGGCCUUGCGUCAAAGAGAACUGGAAGAAGCCAAAGGUAGGGCGGCUCAAAUGGAAAAAACCAUGAGAUGGUGGUCCGACUGUACAGCCAAUUGGCGGGAAAAAUGGAGCAAAGUCCGAAAUGAACGUAACAAAGCUAGAGAAGAAUGUAAACAAUUGCGCACCAAAUUAGAAACUGUUCUCAAAGAAACUAACGGCUUUAAGAGGGACAAAGAUGAACUAGAACUCCAGAACGAUCAACUUAAAAAAGAAAUAGAAAAAAUCCACAUUCUGCUUCUCAAGCACGCCGGUCAGUUCGAUACGCACAUAUUAGAGGCUUUGAGCGACGACCCCCUCAAAGAUUUCGUGUUCAGCCACAGCUCGCCGACGAAAGAGCGUGAAAAUGGAGUUUGUUCGUCGCAAUCGAACCCAGAAUGCGACAGUACCGUUGAACAGAGCUUCGACAGCACCAUAGAGGAGUAUGUUCUCCAAGGAGCUGUUCCGAAGCCUUGCGGAGAUAAAAGAAGCGAAACUGGCGAGGUGGAAAUAAAUGGAACGGAGAAAAUGGGUGGGGAAAGGGGCGAUUUCGAAGAGGAGUACGUUCUUCAAAAGUUGUCGAUGCUGCAAUUGAGGUUAGAAGAGGCUACAAAGACUUUACAGAUAGAAAGAGACGAGAAAUCGCACCUCCAUCGCAACAUCGAAAGACUGAACACAGAGCUGCAAGAAGCGAAGGAUAAGUGCGACGAAUUAAAGGAAUCUCGACAGGAUACGAUGCGGGAUAUCCUGAUGUUGCAGGAUCAACAUCAAAAAGAACUGCAGUCGAUCAAAUGCGAUUUACAAGACGAGGCGAGUAAUAGGGAAGGAAUGGAUAAAAGAUUGAACGAUUUAAGGGCUGAGUUGGAAAGGCUGCAGGCCGAAAACGCGGCCGAAUGGGGUAAGCGAGAACGAUUGGAAACGGAGAAAUUAGCGAUAGAAAGAGACAACAAGAAGCUACGCAGUGAACUCAGGGACAUGCAGGAGCGGAUAGAGCGCAAGGGUCGGCCGGUGACGAAUUCGGACGCCGAAAUCAGGCAUCUCCAACAGGAAUUGGUCGAUAAAAAUAAGGAAAUAGCGGAUUUGAAGCACUCGCAGAACAAGUUGAAGAAAAUGGUGCAGGACAAAAUGACGGAGCUGGCGCACGCUGUCAGGAGAGCCGAACAGUACGAGACCGAAGUAAAGAAGUUGAGAAGCAGAGUGGAGGAGUUGAAACGGGAUUUAGCCGUUGCUGAGGAUGAAUUGGAUAACGCCAUGAACAAUAUCAGGAAGAUGCAGAGGAGUAACGAUGAGUUGCAGGAACAGGUCGAUAAUUUCCAGCUGCAGUUGCAGCAUCUUCAUACCAGUAUGGAAAAGGAGGACGGUGGUGAGGAAAUGGCGCAAUUUGAUGAAAAUGACUGUUUGCAUGGCUAUAACCUAUCGUCUUUCAAGUAAAGCAGAGUAUUGUUUUUGGGAAAUGCGGAGCUUUGGCUUUAUAAACAUAUUGCUCAAUUAAAAAUGCAUGAAACAUUUAUUUCGAAGGUUACGUAACUGCAGUUCCUCGAGUCUACUGUCCCACCGCGGGACGAAUUUGGAGGAGGACGGUACAGAUGACGAGGAUAAUGAUUUUAUGUAGUCGAAUUUGUUUUUCUGUUAAAACUAAGCUACAUUAAUUACCUGUUAGUUAAACUAAUUAAACUGAUUAAAAAUGCGGACAAAACAGGAACUACUGCGAAUUAUUCAUUGUAAUUAUUACUAUUAUCAAUAAUAUGGUUAUUAUUGUAUAUUUAUGAAGUUCUAUUAUUAAUUUAUUGUAUUUUAUUUUUCACUUGUACAAAUAUGAUCGGAACUCG